AUGUUUCCUCUCGUACCUGGCGGCUUGCCGUGGGGCCAAGACCCGCCUACUUCGCCUCCUCAUCGAUUCGUUACCGUUAUGCCUGUGCGUGACGAUCUCAUCGUCCCGCCGUUACACCUGCCGCUGGUGCACCAACGUCAGUGGGUCUCUGAGAGCUGGCGGCGGGUUCAAAGUGCUGCGCGAGAAUUUCAUGGCUGGUUGCAGCGCCAGUCUCUCGGGCUCACCUUGCUCACCUGCGAUCCUAUGUCCAUUGUUUCGUAUCUGGUGGAAUGGUGGUUCCCUCGGUACCCUGGGCGUCUGCAGGCAGACCGGUGUCCCAGCGCCAGUGCUGUAAAAGGGGUUAUCUCGAGCCUUGCGACUGCCUUUAAGCAGCUGGGCCGGGAAGGGGACUAUGACGCCUCUCAAUGCCGCGGGAAUCCCUGCGACAGCUCAUUGGGGGUCUCCGAUGAGGAUCUCAUGCGCUCCACGCACAUCCACUCUCUGGGUACCCUGCACCGCUAUCUGGAUCCUACUAGGCAUCUCGCCCGCCUCCUGGCCGGCGGGACUGGGACGGGGCUGGUGGUUUCGGAGAGUGAUGAUGAGUGAUAAGUCUGUGUGUGUUUGGUCCUGUCUCACAAGGGUGGGGAGGGAGGGCGACCUCGACUUUCUCUAGUCUUUCUAGUCGUCUAUUUUCUGUAACCUGUCUUAAUAAAGCUUAGUUGGUAUCUGUUGUCUGACUCUGCAUUCUGUGCUGGAAUGGCCAAACUCGGACUGUCUCGUCCUGGUGUGAUAUCCGGGGUUGGCAUCGGGCCCUCCGUACUUCUGUAUUUGGCAUUUCUGAAGUCAAAGAGCCCGCCACCGUAAGGGCCGGAUUAGUUGGGGCGAGCAUCCGUAUGAUACGAAGGGCUCACUUACAACCUUUGUAACGCUCUCAGCCUAA